CCGCCCCUGCUCACAGGGGGAUGCCCCAGUGACCCUCCCCACCAGCUCAGGGGCUGAUUGCAGGCCGAAAGCCCUUUGGGGUUUUAAUUACAGGCUGAUUUCACUGAAAGUUACCUGGCACUGGUGUAAUUGUACAUUUUUACACUAAAGCCUCCAGGGGUGAAAUUGUUUGGGUCCUUCCUGCUCUGCAAACAGCAUGAGUCAUUUUCAGGCAAGGAAACACCCCCUUGCUGCUGCAGGCGGGGCAUAGUGUGAAUUCUGGAAUUUGAAACAAAGCCUGUUACAAACUGCCCAGAGGAAGCCAUGGCUGCAGAGAACCCCGUGGAAAGGCUCCAGGAGGAAGCGACAUGUCCCGUCUGUCUGGAGUAUUUCACAGAACCUGUCAGUCUGGAGUGUGGGCACAAUUUCUGCCAAGCCUGCAUCAGCCAGUGCUGGGAGGGAUCCGAUACAGCCGCCUCCUGCCCUCAGUGCAGAGAAACUGUGCAACAGGGAAACCUCAGGCCCAACAGGCAGCUGGCAAAUAUCCUAGAAAUCGCCAAGCAGUUGAGCUUACAGGCAGCAAAAGGAGCAGGAGGGGAGGGGGUGUGUGAGAGGCACCAGGAGGCUCUGAAACUGUUCUGUGAAGAGGAUCAAACCCCCAUCUGUGUGAUCUGCAGAGAGUCCUGGGCUCACCGCGCUCACCCGGUGGUCCCCAUCCAGGAGGCUGCCCAGGAGUACAAGGAAAGAAUCCAGGCCCAUUUGAAGACUCUGAGGGAAGAGAGAGAAAAGCUGCUGGGAUUGAAAGCGACUGGAGAGGGGAAUAGCCGGGAGUAUCUGAAACAAACACAAAUCGAGAGGCAGAAGAUUGUAUCUGAAUUGCAGCAGACGUCAGAACCACCUUGA